GGGUGAAGUCCGGGUCGUGGCAGGGGUGUCUCUGUGUAACAGUCCUAGCUGUCCUGGAACUUGCCUUGUAGACCAGGCUGGCCUCGAGCUCCAGCCUUCGUCGUGCAGUGGACACCUCAGCAAGGAUGGCUGGGAAGCACUUUGUUUAGCAGGGGAUGUAUUAUUCAGGAAGGGUGAGAGGGACCUGAAGAAAUGCUGUGGGAGUCCCACACACACACAUUGGCCUGACCCAGUUGACUUCACUAGGCAGAGGCCAUCAUGGAGCAGUGUGCAUGUGUGGAGAGGGAGCUCGACAAAGUCCUGCACAAGUUCCUGACCUAUGGGCAACACUGCGAACAGAGCCUGGAGGAGUUGCUGCACUAUGUGGGCCAGCUGAGGGCUGAGUUGGCCAGUGCAGCUCUCCAGGGGACCCCUCUCUCAGCCACCCUCUCCCUUGUAAUGUCCCAGUGCUGUCGGAAGAUCAAAGACACAGUCCAAAAAUUGGCUUCAGACCAUAAGGACAUUCAUAGCAGUGUCUCCCGAGUGGGCAAAGCCAUUGACAGGAACUUUGACUCUGAGAUUUGCGGUGUAGUCUCAGAUGCGGUGUGGGACUCACGUGAGAAGCAGCAGCAGAUCCUGCAGAUGGCCAUUGUGGAGCACUUGUACCAGCAGGGCAUGCUCAGCGUAGCUGAGGAGCUGUGCCAGGAAUCUACAUUGAAUGUGGACCUGGACUUCAAGCAGCCCUUCUUGGAAUUGAAUCGGAUCUUAGAAGCUCUACAUGAGCAAGACCUGGGACCUGCACUGGAAUGGGCUGUCUCUCAUCGGCAGCGCCUGAUGGAGCUCAAUAGUUCAUUGGAGUUCAAGCUGCACCGGCUGCACUUUAUCCGCCUCCUAACUGGGGGCCCAGAGAAGCAGCUAGAGGCUCUCAGCUAUGCCCGACACUUCCAGCCCUUUGCUCGGCUACACCAGAGAGAGAUCCAGGUGAUGAUGGGCAGUCUGGAGGACCUGAGGUUGGGCUUGGAGAAGUCACCCUAUUGCCACCUCUUAGACAACAGCCACUGGGCGGAGAUCUGUGAGACCUUUACUCGGGAUGCAUGUUCCCUGCUGGGGCUUUCAGUGGAGUCCCCCCUCAGUGUCAGCUUCGCUUCUGGCUGUGUGGCGCUGCCAGUGCUGAUGAACAUCAAAGCUGUGAUUGAACAGAGGCAGUGCACUGGCGUGUGGAGUCACAAGGAUGAGCUGCCAAUUGAGAUCGAGCUGGGCAUGAAGUGUUGGUAUCACUCCGUGUUUGCAUGCCCUAUCCUGCGACAGCAAACCUCAGAUUCUAACCCUCCCAUCAAGCUCAUCUGUGGCCACGUCAUCUCCCGAGAUGCACUCAACAAGCUCAUUAAUGGAGGAAAGUUGAAGUGUCCCUACUGUCCAAUGGAGCAGAAUCCAGCAGAUGGGAAACGUAUCAUAUUCUGAUUGUAAGGAACUUUGCUGGAAGGUGUUACACACCAAGGCUUGCCUUGGCGGCAGGACUGGCUCCAGUGGAUCCUGAUGCCUCUCAGACCAGCACUACCAAGAGGCCUGGCCUGCUCAGUCAGGCAGAGGCCAAGGGAAGCUGUGAAUCAGCCUGUACGUUCUUGGCUAGGAGGGGGACUGGCUGCUGUGUUCCUACUGUCUUUGUUUACACUUACCCCUGAUAGUAGCAAAGGCUUUGGCUAUCAAAAGCGGACAUCUUUCUAUUCCUGCCCUCAAUCCAGGGGUGUCCAGCUGUGGCCACCUCCUUCUACUGUACAGUCAACUAUGUAUCCUUUCUCUACUGUAAAUAGCCCAUUAGAACUGAAUGCUGUUUUUUAACUUUGAACAAAUAUAUUCGCAGCCCUUCUCCUUCUUGUU